AGCUCAUCAACUUCAUGGUUUGGCAUUGGAAUUGUGCUAGUGCUUUGUGCCACAAUAGCUGGCGAACCAAAGGAGUGCAUUACUAUAAUUUACCUACAGAUUUCGAGCUAAGACAUAAAUAUGCGAAAGUCCUGAAGAAUGACAAUGUAAACUGGAACAAACAAGUAAUCUGUUCAGCACAUUGGAAAGGAGGUAAACGAUUGUCGAAAGAUCAUGUCCCAGACAUCACCUGCAGUGAGGAACAAGUGAAAAAAUUCAAAAAGGCCAGUGAAAAGCGACCAGAAAACACCGAAAUAAAGAAAAAAUUGGUAUGUGCCGAAAGAACGAGAAAGCAAGACAGCCGGAUUAGUUUGAAACGAAAAGCGCCUACAGAUCGAUCAACAAUACAACCUAUAAAGAAGAAGAGAAGAAAAUCAUAUAGGAAUUUGGAGAAAGAAGUCGUAAAAGUAAAGGCAGAGCGUGAUCAGCUUAAAAAUCAGCUUAGAUUAGAAAAUCAACAUUUGAUUUCACAAUUGGGCACACAAUUGUCUGAACUGAAGAGACUGGAAAAGGAAAUCGAUGCGUUACAAGAUAAACUUCAAUCACAGACAAGUAUCUUUGAAAAGAAACUUAAAGAAAUGAAGUUUGAACUCAGCAAGAAAACAUUUUCUUACAAAUGUUUAAUUCAGAAUGCUAAGGAWUUUUUCUACCUAUGUGGCUUAACUACAAAUGAAUUUGAUUGUGUUUUCGCUUGUCUUGAACCAUUCACUCACUUAUUGAUUUACCCUGAUUGUAUCCAUAAAGACAAGAAUAAAGAUUUUAAUAACAAGCUUCUUGAUGAGAAAACUGAACUUAUUGURGCUUUGACGAUAGCAAGACACAGUGUUAACCUUGGAGUUAUGGCAAAGCUAGUUGGAGCAAGUGCAUCUACAAUGUCAAGAGUGUUCGUUGCAUGGAUGGUUUUAAUACGUUGCGUUUUUGAAAGCAUAAAUCUAAAGCCAUUGCCUGGUUUUAUUGAAGCUUUUCUGCCGAAKAAAUUUGUUGAUGCUGGGUAUUCAGAAUGUGGCAWUCUUGGUGACAAUACUGAGACAUGGGUAAGUCAAUUUGAAAACUAUGAAAUCAAUAAUAUAACAUUUUCUCAUUACAAGAAUCACACAACGGGAAAAGUCUCUGUUUGGAUAUAUCCACAUGGUUCACUCUGCAAGUGCUCUGAUGCAUAUCCUGGAACAAUCUCUGAUGMACAUAUCACAGAGCAAAUUGAAGUACUAGAUUUAUGUCCAAAAGGAAAAAUUGUCAUGACAGACAAAGGUUUUGCAAUCACUGAUCUGUGCCAUGAUAAGGGCCUUCACCAUAACAGGCCACCAAURAAGUUCAAUGAACAAUAUGAUGAAAAUGAGGUAAACUUAAACUUUGACAUUGCCACCCUCAGGAUAUAYAAUGAAAAUGCAAUUGGUCGUAUCCGUGAUUGGUCCAUAUUGAACACGUGCUGGCCUGCAGGGAGAGUGGACCUCCUAGGCACUUGCUGGAUUGCACUGGCACAUGUUGUUAAUCAAAUAUGCUGGUCCGAUGCCAUCAGGGCUUCCACCAUAUUUGUUAUCAUCGGGAUGACUAAAGUAGCCACAGAUAACGUCAUAGAAGAAAAUAGAGCAUUAAGGGGACAGGUCCAGCAAAUACACUCUAAAGAUCAAGCCGCCUUCAGAAUAAUGACUGAAAAGAUCGAUGGGCUAAUAGCAAAAAAGAAUGCUGAAGGUGGACAUGGCAGGCGAGUGAGGCAAAUAAGUGCAGGAAUAAUCCGCGUACCUCGCAUGUGUAGUAAUGAAAUACGAAGAAAAGCCAAAGCCCUGGCCGAUGGAGAUCAAGAAAACUACACGCUUAAAAUCCAAGAAAGUCAGUAG